UAUAAAAUAUUUUUAUAGUGUCUACAUCGUAAACACUCCUAGCCGAUACCGAUACCCGUAUCGCCCGUCGUAUUUCUGUACGGCUAUUUUUAAUCAAGAUAUUGAGAAAUUCGCACGACUUUGAUCGGCAUGAGUGUCCGACGACUCUGGAAUUCACUUCAUAUUUUGGCAUUUCUAUUGAUGAUAAAGGUAAAUGCACUCAGCGUUGGUAAGGAUGACGUUGAUCAGGUAAUAGAAGAUGAAAUAACACGAAAAUUAGGAGAAGAUCUUGUGCAGAGUAUUGAAAAGAAAUUUCAAGUGGACCUUGAAAGGUCAGUUGACAUGGUGUUGGUGAAGAUCAAGCUGUUAUUACAAAAUGGAACCCAGCAUAUCCAAGAAAAGCUUCUGGACAUACAAGGAACUUUAGAUUUGAUGAAAACUCAGGCGGAAGACGAGGUAGAGAAAUGCUUAAUAGAGAAACAUAAGGAGACAUCAGCGCUGGCGGAGAAAGCAUUACAUCAAAUGGUGGUUUGUGGGUACGCGCUGAUUGGCCAAGACCCCGAGCAGGCUGUGAGGAAGGUCAUUCUGAUGAAAAACAUUAUCAAACAGGGAGUCAAACCGCUCUACGAACAAAAGAAAGAAAUUUAUAGCCUCCUAAAAGUCUGCGGGCACGAUCACGGCUCUUUGACGAAGGUCGUCAAAUGCGUCAUAUCGAAGUCACCAGUAAUAAAAUCUGCAAUGAUGGAAAUAACUGGUAAACUAAUUAAUGGAAUUAUAGAUUUGUCCAAAUUAAUGGCACACGGUGCGAUGCAUGAAGCUUGUCUUAUUGAAGUGAUAAAAACGAUCGAGGACGAAGCCACAGAUUUAAUCAAAGAUGUUAGAAAAUGUGCCUUUGAAAAUAAUAGAGAAUUUGAAAAUUAUAUCAAGCAAAAUAAUGCUACAGUUCUUGAUAUAACUAAUAAGGCAAGUGAAAAUGAUGCAACAAAUAAAACGAGUGUGAAGGAAAUGCAAGCUGUCAUAAAAAAUAUGUUAAAUGAAAACAGUAAUAAUAGCAUAGAUGAAAGAUUUAAGAAGAAGUUAUUUAAUCUGCACAAUGAUUUGAACGCAGUGGAUGCGAAUGCAAAUGUUAUUGACGUGGCAAACAAUUUGAGAAAUAUUGAAUGAAGUUUUUAAAUUGUGCAAUUAUUUUUUAUAGUUCUAAUAAGGGUUAGUUCGAAGGGGAGAGUUUUAUAUAUAAAUAAUAUUACUACGAAAUUUUAAUAUUCCUAUUCCAGGCAUUUAUUAUUAUAAUACAGCUCACUUAGUAAUUAUAAUUACGACUACGGAUUAAACUAUGUAUGUAACUAUUCUGUA